AUGCGUUUCACCUGUGCGCUUGCUUCCCAGCUGUUGCUGUUUUUGACCGUCCCAGAAUCCUCACUGGGCGAGGUGGCUGCAGCAGAACAGGAUGUAGCCACUGCUUCUGUAGGUCAGCUGUCGGUGGGGGAGCCGACAGGAGCCGAUUUGCCUCUGGCGCUUGAAAUACCGCACGCUGUGGACAAGGAGAGCCACAGCCACGCCUUGUGGUCUGUGGAGGGUCUGCAUGCGGCGGACUCGAAGGUGAAUGUGCGUGGCCUGAAGAGCUCUUUGGCGGGUCUGUUGUUCGUUGCUGCUUAUUUGCUGGCCCACAUACUAUCCAACCGUCAGUCUAUGCUAUUGCGCCGGGGGCCGUCUGCAGGUUUGGCAAGCGGGCCCCGCCAGACAGGCAAGCGUAGGAGGGGACUACAUCAGAUGGUCAUAGGAGCUUCCUUGUUCUUCCUAUGCCUGGGUGCUGGUUUAACCAUGGGGCCUUUGGUACAGCUUCCUUUGGUGGAAAACCAGUUACUGAGCGCAGCCGCUGCCGGCCUCUUCCUGUGGGGUGCGGCUCUGUACUUCGAUCCCUACGGCAUGGUUAUGUAA